AUGGAUGCGUAUAGCACCAGCUGCAACUCCAACAGCCAUGUUUGGACAUCGCCUCCCCCGGAAGAGAUGUCACCGCACCAUUCCGACCGCCAAGCUUCGGCUCAGUGGCCUACCAUGUUUGAGCCCCAGGCCGUCCACGUUAACUCAGACCUCAUCUCCAAGAUGCCCUUCUUCAUGGACUACUACAAGAACAUCAUGUGCCCGUCCAUGGUCUUCAUGGACGGACCUGGCAACCCGUACAGGGAGCACAUUCUCCACCUGGCUUCGAGUAGCCAGAGCUUGCAGCACGCCAUCUGCGCCUUGUCGGCCUGCAACCUGCGGAUGAAGCGCAGACUCAGCCUGGGCCAAGACACCCGUGAACUCUCCGAGAAGCUUAUGGCCGAGAAGUCGACCGCCGAGUCGAUGGAGGACACUCAGCCCGAGGACCAGUCUCUCUCGGAGGAGUACCAGCACCGGAACCUCGCGGUCCAUCUGCUCAACCAGCAGCUCAACGACCCGGUCAAGUCCAGCCAUGACUCGGUCCUGGCAACCAUUCUGCUCCUCUGCCACUACCGCAUGGUGGAGUCUGGCAUUGCCAAGUUCCACACCCAAUUCGCCGGCGUCAAGAAGAUUCUCUCAAUGCGGCGGUCGCAGAACCUGGCACCGUCCCGCGACUCUGCGUGGAUGGAGGCCAUCUUCACCUACUUUGAUGCCAUCUCGGCCAGCAUCAACGAUCGCGAGGCUCAACUGAACGCGACUUUCUACGGUGUCAUGCCAGAUGCCCAGCUUCUCCCCCCUGGCGCCGAGAACCUCGUUGGCUGUGACCGUGAGCUCUUCAAGACCAUUAGCAAGCUCGGCAGGCUCAACCUGCUGUCGCAGCACCGCGCAGUUCAGAACCUCGUCAAAAACCCGUCUCGCUCUCAGUCGCCACUUGGCUCGCCUCUGGGCCACGCGUACAAGGCAAAUAUGAACGGCAUGCACCACCAGCAAAUGGGUGACAUUUACAACCUGCCUAGCCAUCGUUUCGACGGCAACGGCUUCGGCUCGACUCUUGACGACGAUGAGUUUGUCUCUUCGUCGCUCUGCUCUUCGGCAACGUACGACGACCACCGCAACAACUUCUGGAGGGAGUGGAAGGAGGCUCGCCUCGCCCUCCAAAGCUGGGAGUUUGACUCGGCCCGUGUCCACGCUUCCCUCCCCUCCCCUGCCACCCCGGCGCAGGUCCGGGACCUUGGUUCAUUGUCCGAGGCGUUCCGCUACGCCGCUCUGCUCUACACGGAGCGCUUGGCCUCGCCCAACGUCCCGUCGACGCACAGCAAUUUCCAGAACUUGGUCUCUCAGGUCGUCUACUACGCUACGAGCUUGGAGGCCGGCAGCCAGGCGGAGAAGUUCCUACUGUGGCCGCUCUUCGUUGCGGGCAGCGAGUGCGUCAACGAGCUGCAGCAAAACAUUGUGCGGAGCAAGUGCCGCGACAUCAUGGCCCGCUCGGGUUACAUGAACAACCUCGCCGCCCUCGACGUGCUCGAGCGCCUCUGGGCUGGCGAAUGGAAAGACAACGAGCCUCGGAGCCCUGCGGCGGUCAAGCUCGAGGCCAUGCGCCGAGGCCCGUUCAACUGGACCAGGUGCAUCGGCGGUCCCGGUGUCGAAGUGGAGUGGAUCAUGUUUUAA